AUGGAAGGACCAGCAUGGGCAAUUGCUUUGCAGCGAUCAUUUAACACAAACAGAAUUCUUGAGCAAUCCAGCAUUCUUUCAAUCGCAACUCUUCACAAUGGAGCUCCAUCAAUUUACCCAAUUCGCUUUCAAUCUUUCUAUUCUCCAACAUCUUUUACAAUUCACCUCGAUACAAGAAGUAUAGGGGUUUUCCCUAUAUGGCCCGAUGAGGGCCGUUGGCUCUCCGUGGAAUCCUCUUUUGUUCAAACCAAUUCAGUGCGUUGGUUUGAACAAUUCACUGGUUGGUUCAACCAGCAGAGGGAUUCCACGGAGAAGCCACGGCCCUUAUCGGGCUAUAUAGGGAAAACACCUAUAUCCUCUGUGGAGACCUCCAAAAUCCCGUCUGUCAAAUUUUGUGGUAUUUGCCUUUGACAAAUGAGAUUUUUAAGUUUGAUUGCCCAAUUCUGAAUUUUUUGCCAUCUCAUCAUGAAUAUAGGGUUAAUGAAUGGAAAAAAUUGAAACAAAAAGAAAAAAAUGCUUACUGUGGGCUACCUCCUGACACGUAUAAAGAAAGUGAAGGUUCACGUUUGGAAUAUGACAUAAAUAAUUUUAAUGCCCAAAAUGCAGAAGAAGUAUCAGAACACUUUGAGGUAUUAAUUGUGACGCCUAUUAAUGUAGACCAUACCGUUUAUUUAGAUAAGUCAGCUAUUGGAAAUACGAGGAAAACUUAUGAGAGUUUGCCACAACCUGAUGCAGUUAGUAAAAGAUGGGUGCAUAGAAAGCAUGAUCAUGUGUGGGUCGCAAGAGAAAUGAACAUUCCUGCUCCUAGACCUUAA